UCGUCCCUAUUCUCUCUGAAAUCCCCUGUUUGAUUGCUGAGAAAAUGAAGGGGACAUUCGGGAACAUGAUGAUUUGACUUCAUGUAAUCGUUGUUGCAUUGGGUUACUAAAAUAAUGUAAAACACAGUUCCACCGAGGCAAGUGGUUGACCUGGGAUCAGCUGAGUGGAGGCCCCACAAGUAAAAACUUCUGGGGUUUCCAGCAGAUUUUUGGAAUAUGGAAUCGUGGGUCAUUUGAGAUGGCGCACAAAUCUUAGCUGAAAUGGCCAUGGAAGUUCUAAUUUCUCAAGCAUUUGAAGUUGUAUAUUAUAAUAAGGGCGCAGCCUUGUUAAGCUGCAGAGAUGGCUAUGGCUGUUUCUGCAAAGCUGGUUCUAGGCUCAAUUGCCUUUGCAAUAUUCUGGGUGUUGGCGGUUUUUCCUGCUGUCCCUUUCCUACCUAUUGGGAGGACUGCAGGGUCUCUCCUGGGGGCAAUGCUCAUGGUCAGUUUUCGUGUGAUAACCCCAGAUCAAGCAUAUGAUGCCAUUGAUCUCCCAAUCCUUGGUCUUCUGUUUGGGACUAUGGUUGUCAGCAUUUAUCUUGAAAGAGCAGAUAUGUUCAAAUAUUUGGGUAAACUGCUCUCAUGGAAAAGCUUAGGAGCCAAAGACUUACUAUGUCGAAUCUGCCUCAUAUCGGCCAUUUCAAGUAGUCUUUUCACCAAUGAUACCACUUGUGUCGUCUUGACCGAAUUUGUUCUGAAAAUUGCAAGGCAGCAUAAUCUUCCACCCCAUCCUUUCCUUUUAGCCCUUGCCUCAAGUGCAAAUAUUGGGUCUUCUGCAACUCCAAUUGGCAACCCGCAAAAUCUUGUUAUAGCCCUCGAGAGUAAGAUUUCAUUCGGGGAUUUCGUACUUGGAAUUCUUCCUGCAAUGCUUGUAGGAGUACUUGUGAAUGCUUUAAUUCUUCUUUGCAUGUAUUGGAGGUUGUUGUCUGUUCAGAAAGACGAAGAAGAUGCAACUCUAGAAGUGGUAGCCGAGGAGGAUGUCAAUAUUCAUCAAUUUUCACCUGCAACAAUGUCACAUAUGACAUCCUUAGAUUCUCACGAAUGGAAUUCAAAAACCGAAAUUGUGAAUAUUGACAGCCAGGCUAAUGUGAAGGGAAACAUAGGUCAUGCUGAGACCCUCAGAAAUCGAAUAAGAAAUGAAAAUGAACUCCAUAGGACCUCCAGUGCUGGGUCUGUGUCCUCUGCAAAUUCAAAUGGUUCAAAAGAUCUGACAAGUGAGUUACAUUCUCAAAGAAGGGAUGAAAAUCAAAAUAUACUUUCAAAUGGGACUGCAUCAAUGGAUGAACCAGGAGAUGCAGUCUUUAUGCAGUCUUUAGACGAAAAGGAAAAUCCGACCACAAAAUGGAAAAGGCUAUUAUGGAAACCAUGUGUUUACCUUGUUACUAUAGGAAUGCUGAUUUCUUUGCUCAUGGGUCUCAAUAUGUCAUGGACUGCAAUUGCUGCUGCACUGGCUCUUGUAGUUCUUGAUUUCAAGGAUGCUCGGCCUUCCCUAGAGAAGGUCUCCUAUUCCCUUUUGAUUUUCUUCUGCGGAAUGUUCAUUACAGUUGAUGGUUUCAACAAAACUGGAAUCCCUAGCGCAGUAUGGGACUUAAUGGAGCCUUACGCAAAGAUUGACCAUGUUAGCGGGAUCGCAGUUCUUGCUGUUGUCAUACUUGUCCUGUCAAAUGUGGCUUCUAAUGUACCAACCGUUCUUUUGCUUGGAGCACGGGUGGCAGCAUCAGCAGCUCAAAUUUCCGCAGCCGAAGAGAAGAAGGCAUGGCUGAUCUUAGCUUGGGUCAGCACUGUGGCCGGAAACCUCUCCCUGUUGGGAUCAGCUGCCAACUUGAUAGUUUGUGAGCAGGCUCGCCGGGCUCAACACCUUGGGUACACUCUAUCCUUCUGGAGGCAUCUCAAAUUUGGAGUUCCCGCCACUCUUGUAGUCACUGCCAUUGGUUUGACACUAAUAAGAGGAUGAUACCAGCAAUAUCAUGAUCCCCCCAAGUUCAUAUGAAUUGGGGUUCUGAUUCAAUUCUUUGAGCUCCAAUUAUCACCAAUUCCUUGUCUUGGAGAGCUAGAAUUAAAAUUUGGAAAUUGUAUUUAGAAACUACUGUUUGUAAAUUUGUACUGAAACUGUAUUUUCAAGACACGAUUAUUGGAAACUGUAUUUUCAAUAAUUUCCAAAACAUGCCUAAAGCUAUAUUUUAUUUGA